AUGAUAAGGUGUUGGGUGAACAUUUUACCCCCCCUAUCUAGAAAUUAUUUUUCUCGUAGUGGUGUGAAGUAUAUGUUAAUUUCUUUGCACUUGGCUGGUUUGUCUAGGAUGUUAGGAGCGUUGAAAUUUAUUAUAACUUGCAAUUGUUAUUUUUAUUCUACCUGUUCUGGUUUAGACUCUAAGUUAUAUGUAGAUUGGGUACUUUGCACCCCAAUGUUUAUGUGGGUUUUGGCAGGAGCCAUAACAAUGCUAUUAUUCGAUCUUAGAUUGGGAAUAUCCUAUUUUGAUCCACUAGGCGGUGGUGAUUCUAUAAUGUUUCAACACAUGUUUUGGUUUUUUGGACAUCCGGAGGUUUAUGUCUUAAUAAUACCUGAGUCGCCAGUGAGAUACUUGGGCAUGGUUUUAGCAAUGUUUUCAAUAGUUGUACUAGGAUUUAUUGUUUGGGCCUAUCACAUGUUUACAGUUGGCAUGGACAUAAAUAGUAUAUCGUUUUUUAGUGCUGUCACAGCACUAAUUGGUAUACCAACGGGUGUAAAGGUGAUUUCGUGGGUGUCCAUGUUAACCACCGGAUCAGUUGGCUUGGGUGAUCCUGUGGCCCACUGUAUUGUUUCGGGUGUUGGCUUUAAUUUGUGCCUUUUUCCAAUGCACUACUUUGGUAUGUGCGGCUUACCCCGUCGGGUUUGUGUUUAG